CAACAUGCGCUGAAACAGCCUGUUCUUCCUCAUGGAGGCCUUUACUUUUGCGCUUUCCACUCAGGUGGACUUUCCGAUUCAUGUUCGAAUUGGUUCCCUGGAAGGAAAGCAGAAACAGAUCCCUUUCUCGGUGCUCUUGAAACGACCCGAUCUGCGACACAUCGGCUCCGUGCAGGACCCGACAUCGGAUUUAUUUGUGACAGCGCAGCUAUGGUCAGACUCCAAGCCCUUGGGGGUGCCUGUACAGACCGCCUUCAAGACCUUUAAGACGGCGAGGUCCUGGAAUGAGUGGCUGCAGAUGCCAAUGUCCCUUGAAGAUGCGCCGUUGCAGUGUCAGCUUGCCAUCACCGUAUGGGAUCUAUCGCCGUUGGGCAGCGAGGGGGCGCGGGGUCAUUAUGCUCCAUUUGGCGGAACGACCAUCUCGCUAUUCGAUGAGGAUGGAAAGCUAAAGAUGGGUCGGCAGAAAUGCAAGAUCUACCGGCACAAAGCUGCGGACGGUUUCUCUUCCACAACCACCCCGUCGAGUCUACCCCCCAAGCGUCGCAAGACCGCCGGCUCCGAUCCACUGGCACCUUCGCCGGAGGAACUGGAAUUGGAACGAGUUGAGGUCCUGAUCAAGAAGCAUGAGAUGGGCGAGAUUCCCCGGAUCGACUGGAUGGAUCAGAUGGUCUUUCGCCAGCUGGAGAGGCUGAAGAUAAACGCCGACGAAGCCGCAAGAAAACGGGCGAUUCUCCUGCAGGCUAGAAAACACAAGCCGGCCGGGGAGCCGGCAUCCGCGGAGGACGAUUCGGGGGAAGAGGAAGUUGAUUACGAAAACUUUACCCUUCAUGUCGAGUUUCCUCGAUUCGACCACCCGAUCGUCUGGUCCGAUCAUGAGUACCCACCGCCCCCAAUCUCAACUUACACCCAAAGCGCGCCCGGAAACGCCAACGCAACCCUGAAGCCACUCCCAGAGGUCCGCUUUGGUCCAGACAUAGAGGGAGCAGAGGGUGUGAUUCGAAUAUACGAUCCGGAGAUGGGCCAAACUGGCAAUCCAUGCGAGGAUAAACAUCGCAGACUCAUCCGCAGCCAUCGCACGGGCAUCAUGGACCGGGACCUCAAACCAAAUCCCAAGAUCCGUGAUGAACUCAACCACAUUGUAUCCUACGAGCCAACGCAAGACCUGACCGCAGAAGAGAAGGACCUGGUUUGGAGAUUCCGCUAUUACCUGACGCGUGAGAAAAGGGCUCUCACCAAAUUCGUCAAGUCCGUCAAUUGGCGGGACGCGGGCGAAUCCCUGCAGGCAGUUGAGAUCCUUCCCAAAUGGACCGAGAUUGACGUCGACGAUGCUUUGGAGCUCCUUGGGCCGACGUUCGAUAACCCGGCGGUCCGCACUUACGCCGUCGAACGGCUAAGGAAGGCAGAUGACGAUGAACUCCUUCUCUAUCUCCUACAGCUCGUUCAGGCGCUCAAGUACGAGGACAGUCCCAACGCCGACGCCGAAGAUGUGGCACACGAUUCUUCACUGGCCAACUUCCUCAUCACCCGGGCGGCGAACAACCUCCAGCUGGGCAGCUACUUACAUUGGUACCUCAUGGUCGAAUGCGAUGACGCGGGCCCGGGAUCCGCACAGCGCCGGCUGUUUGCCCAAGUGGAGUACUACUUCAUGGUCGAGAUGGAGAAACUCAACCCGGAAAACCGGAAGACCUUACUACGCCAAGGGGAAAUGGUGGCAGUCCUGUCCAGGAUCGCCAAAGAUCUCCGCUUUUCGCGAGAUAGCCGGCCGCUCAAGAUCGAAAAGCUGAAGAAGUUCCUGAAAGACCCGAAAAAUGAAAUCGUUCACAUCGACCCACCCCUACCACUCCCGUUAGACCCGGAGGUGAUGGUCACAGGCUGCUACCCGGACGAGUCCAACGUCUUCAAAUCCACGCUAUCCCCUCUUCUCCUCACCUUCAAGACCUCCGACGGCAACAAGUACCCGAUCCUCUUCAAGGUCGGCGACGACCUGCGCCAGGACCAGCUUGUGGUCCAGAUCAUCAUCCUAAUGGAUCGCCUGCUACAGAACGAAAACCUCGACCUCAAACUCACCCCCUAUCGAAUCCUCGCCACAAACGCCACCGCAGGCGCGGUCCAGUUCAUCCCCUCGACGUCUCUCUCCGCCGUCUCCGCCAAGUACAAAUCCGUCCUCGCCUACCUCCAAGCCAACAACCCCGACGACAGCGAACCUAUGGGCGUCCGCAAAGAAACAAUGGACACAUACAUCAAGUCCUGCGCCGGCUACUGCGUAAUCACGUACCUCCUCGGCGUCGGUGACCGCCACCUCGAGAACCUGCUCAUCGCACCCGACGGACACUUCUUCCACGCCGACUUCGGCUUCAUCCUCGGCCGUGAUCCGAAGCCUUUCGCGCCCAUGAUGAAACUCUGCAAGGAAAUGGUCGAGGGCAUGGGCGGAACCGCCUCUCCGCUGUACCUCCAGUUUAAGCAGUACUGCUUCACGGCGUACAUCACGCUGCGCAAGUCCGCCAACCUCAUCCUCAACCUGUUCAGCCUGAUGGUCGACGCCAACAUCCCGGACAUCCGCGUCGAGCCUGACAAGGCCGUCUUCAAGGUCAAGGAGCGCUUCCACCUCGAGAUGACCGAAGAAGAGGCUAUCCGCCAUUUUGAGCAGUUGAUCGGGGACAGCGUCAAUGCCAUCUUCGGCGUGGUUAUUGACCACCUGCACGAAUUUGUGCAGAGAUGGCGGGCUUAAAUAACCCGGAUUGAUCGUCACAUCCUGAUAUCUUAAUAUUACGAAAUACGAAUUUGUUAGCGGAAUCUAAAAGGCGUCUUGCUCUGUAUUCAUUAUGUUCUGGGAAAUCUAUUGGGGCGGAUCUAGAGGCGGUCGGCGCAAUUGAAUCUUCGCCCGCACUGAAGGGAUGGACAAUAUAUAUUCAUUAUAUACCCCCGUCUUGCGUUACAAUUAAGCAUUAGUGCCACUAAUUUAAUAACCAACGAGAUUAAAUACC